AUGCAGUCCAUCAGCUUGCUUGGUACACUCAUUCUUUUGUUGCACAUCUACUCAGAUUGUGUGGAGUCCAGUAGGCACUACAGGCAAGUCCUCACUGGCAGCCAACCAGGUGUGUGUCGCUAUGGCUGGAGACUAGAGUGCUGCUAUGGCUGGAAGAAAAAUAGUAAAGGACAGUGUGAAGCUCAGUGUGAGCACGGUUGCAAGCACGGAGAGUGUGUGGGUCCGAACAAAUGCAAGUGUUUCCCUGGAUACACUGGGAAAACAUGCAAUCAAGAUUUAAACGAAUGUGGAUUGAAACCUCGUCCCUGCGAACAUCGAUGCAUGAAUACUCAUGGUAGUUACAAGUGCUACUGUCUCAAUGGGUAUACUUUGAUGUCUGAUGGAUCUUGUGCAAAUUCCAGGACAUGCUCUCUUGCUCACUGUCAGUAUGGCUGUGAAGAGGUUCAGGGAGAGAUCCGCUGUCUCUGCCCGUCUACCGGCCUGCAACUGGGACAAGAUGAAAGGACAUGUGUAGAUGUGGAUGAAUGUGUUACGGGCAAUAACCUUUGCCCCUAUAACAGACAAUGUGUAAACACAUUUGGGAGCUACUUCUGCAAGUGCCAGGAAGGCUAUGACCUCAAAUACAUCGAUGGCAAAUAUGAUUGUGUAGAUCUGGAUGAAUGUGCAACCGGAGCACACAAAUGCAGCCACCAUGCAGUAUGUCUGAAUACCCAAGGUUCCUACAAAUGCAGAUGCAAAGCUGGGUUCAGAGGAAAUGGAUUUGAAUGUUCAGUCAUCCCGGACUACCCAUUGAAGCCAAACCAACAUCUGAACGAGGACAUCAAAAAUGUUAUCCCAGAACCAGUCGUCACAGAGUUUCCAAAGGUCAGACAACAACCUUUUGACUAUGAAGAAGAGGUUUACAUUGGAAGCAAACCGGAAGAAAGUCCAAAAGUAAUUACAGAGGAAGAGGAGCAGGACCAGGACAAUCAGCUCAAUCCAAGAGGAGAUGUGUUCAUUUCAGAGGACUUUGAAUCAGUAUUUCGUCCCACUACAGAGGUAAAAGAGAUUGAGAUAGCUCCAGUUCUGGAAGAGUUUAUCAUGGAUUGUAACUUCGAUCAGGGAGCAUGUGAGUGGGUCCAGGACAAGGCUGAUGACAUAGACUGGAGCGUUGCAUAUCAUGAUAACGGAGCUGAGUACUACAUGUCCAUGAGUGGAUUCCUGGGGGAGCAGAAGGACGUAGCUAAACUCAAGUUGCUUCUGAGUGACCGGGCUCAACAGGGAAGCUUCUGUCUCACCUUUGACUUCCGGGUCAUGGGCCAUAAUAUUGGCACCCUUCAAGUCCUGCUGGAUAACAAUGUUUAUCCAAUCUGGGAGCAGAGCCAAAGCCAGAGCCAAGCCUGGCAGACAGAGUUUCUCACUGUUGCCUGGAAAGAGAAGGCACCUGAAACGAUCAUCUUUGAAGCUCAACGGGGAGUCGGCGUUGCUCAAGUGUUUUCAUACGUUGUAGUUUUGUUCGUCGACUGGAAGCUAGUGUUUAACGAAGACGCUGAUUAA